ACCAAAAAAGCAAAAAGCAAAUUAUGAAAAAGCAAUAAUGAUGGUGCCAAAAAUUAAUAAGGUUGGGAUUGAAAUAAAACCACCAUUACUGGUGGAUUUGGAAAUAACAAGCAAAGUAGUAGUCUCACCAAACAGCAACAUAUCAAGUACUGCAACCGGAAAACAUUUGGGUGAUUUUAAAUUUAAUGGUGGUGAAAUGACGAGUGACGAAGACAAAGGCGGUAAUGGUGGUGGCAGCUGCAGUGAUCAUAGAAAAAAGCUUAGACUUGGCAAGGCACAAAUCAUGGUGUUGGAACAAGCUUUUAGGGAACACACUAUCCUCAAUACAAAGCAAAAGAUGGCAUUGGCAAAACAAGUGAAGUUACGGCCAAGACAAGUAGAAGUAUGGUUUCAAAAUAGAAGAGCAAGGACAAAGUUGAAACAAAUAGAAGUGGAUUGCGAGUACUUUAGAAGAUAUUGUGAGAAGUUAAGCGAAGAGAAUAAGAAGCUGGAAAAGGAAGUGCAAAAACUAAGGGCUUUAAAGGCUUCUACCUCUCAUCAACAACCAACAACCCUCUCAAUGUGUCCUUCAUGCAUUUCUUCUUCUACUCCGGUCGCUGAAACAAGGUCGUGUCCGGUGGCCAUCCUCUAUCGGCCUCUACCACUCAACGUCAAUAAAUAAUCAUCUUUUAUCAUUCAUAUAUAGUUUAUUGCUAUAAUAUAACUAAUAAUCAUUUCUAAUUGG